CCUGACGAGGAGGUGCAGGGGGAGAUCCACCUGCGGGUGGAGGUCCUGGGGAGCCAGGGCAGCCGGCGGCUGCUGCGCUGCACUGUGCUGGAGGCCAGGGAUUUGGCCAGGAAGGACCGGAAUGGUGCCUCCGACCCCUUCGUCCGCCUGCGCUACAACGGGAAGGCACAGGAGAGCACCGUGGUCAAGAAAUCCUGCUACCCCCGCUGGAACGAGACCUUUGAGUUCGAGCUGGCUGAGCCCGCCGGGGAGAAGCUGUGCGUGGAGGUGUGGGACUGGGACCUCGUCGGCAGGAACGACUUCCUGGGCAAGGUGGUGUUCAGCAUCCAGGGGCUGGAGGCGGCCGGGCAGGAGGAGGGCUGGUUCAGACUGUGGCCAGACAAGUCCAAGCCAAGGGAGGACGAGCGCCGAGGCAGCCUGGGCUCCCUGCAGCUGCAGGUGAGGCUGCGGGACGAGACGGUGCUGCCCUCCCACUGCUACCAGCCCCUGGUCCAGCUCCUGUGCCAGGAGGUGAAGUCGGGGCGCCAGGACGGCCAAGUGCACCUGGUUACCCUCCUGGAUGAAACCACCACGGCCGAGUGCCGGCAGGAGGUCGCCAUCAACUUGGUCAAACUCUUCCUGGGCCAAGGGCUGGUCAAGGAGUUCCUGGACCUGCUCUUCGAGCUGGAGCUGGCCAAGCCCUGCGAGCCCAACACUUUGUUCCGGAGCAACUCCCUGGCCUCAAAGUCGAUGGAGUCCUUCCUCAAGGUGACGGGGAUGCCGUACCUGCACGCUGUCCUGGGCCCCACCAUCUCCCGUGUGUUCGAGGAGAAGAAGUACGUGGAGCUGGACCCCGGCAAGGUGGAGAUCAAAGAUGUCGGGUAAGGGGCGCAGGGGGCGGUGCAGACGGAGGGUGAGGUGAUUGAGCAGGGCCGCCAGCACCUCCAGUCCUACCUGGGCGAGCUGCUGGACGCCAUCGCCAAGUCAGCCCCGGCGUGUCCCCCCGUCAUCCGCGCCGCUUUCCGGCAGCUCUUCCGGCGCGUCGGGGAGCGCUUCCCCCAGCACCAGGUUGGGCUGCGGCGGAGG